AUGUCUCAACCCCUGCUUACUUGCAAGAUCUGCGUCAAGAAGCCCAAGUUCAGCGAUGUGUCCCACCUUCUCACACACGUCGGCUCUAAAGGUCACCUGGCUCAGUUACACAAAUUGCAGGUGAAGAGUCAUCAGGACAUUGCACCAGCAAUAGAGCUUGCUGAGUACAAUCAAUGGUUUCAAGAGCAUGGAUUGGGACAGCUACUGUCCGAGAGACUGCAGAACAAGGAGCAAAAGCAAGCAAGACGAGGUGUCAAGAACGAGGCAGCCGUUAAGGCCGAGCAUGACUCAGAAGAUCCCUUCAGCUUCCCGGUCCAACAGCCUGCUCGACGUCGUGGACCCGGCAGACCCAAGAAGUCGGCUCAGCGGAAGACUUCUGUUGUCAGUGCUGCCGAGUCCAGUGUCUACACAUCCGCUGUCACUGACUAUCCGCUCACGCCUCUGCGACACUCGUCCCCUCAGCUGUACACAGAUGCUCCUGUCAGCUCGCCUCCCUUCAAAAUUGAUCCCGCUCUCGGUGAUGCUGCUGGCGGCAAGGCCAAUACCAACACCAAGCUCAAAGGCAAGAUCUGGCCUGGCAUGGCUUUGUUUGACGCCGCCAGUCCUGAGGAGGCUCGGAAAAGAAAUCAGAAGAAAGAUGCCUCUGUUGUCAAGAGAAUGGAGAGACUGUCCCAGCUGGUCGAGCCUGCUGAGGUCACGUACUCUGCUGAGUGGUCACCGCGCAAGAAUCGUCACAUUGAUGAUCUUGACGAUGCCAGCAGCCUGAUCGAGGGAGAGUCGCCAUUGAUGAUCAAGCCCAAACCAAAGCCGAAACGCAAGGCUCUUGGAUCACUCCCAGCGAACGUCCGUGGACCCAGCAAGCCGUUGCCUGAGCUGCCGCCUCUCAAGCAAGCGAGACGUCGGCAUCCAUCGGCCUAUUCGGCUCAGGACGAAGAGGAUGACGUGGACAGUGACAACCUAGGACUGCCCCAGUUGCCAGGCUACAAUGGCUUGGAGGAUAGUCCUAGCAACAUUGGCGGACGUGGCCUCGGGCGUGCCUCGCUUUCACAAGCGUACGAUCGCCCCGCUCCACGUCUUUCUUUCCAAACACCUGCUUGGCUUCAACCACAAAACCAGCCGCACAACCCGCUCUUCUUGGAUAGCCAUGCCACUCAGGUCGACUGUGGCAAUGCGGCAGCGACUCUACAGCAUAUUGAUGGCAGCAAGCACACUAAUCGUAUUCAAUCAGUCGACCAUGGUCACCUCAACCCACUGGCAUGGCCAUCACCACGAGGAGCCGCCUUCGACACGAGUCACUCUCCUAUCUCGUCGUUCGGUCCGUUCUCCGGUUUCGUCUCUGCUAUGGGUCUACCAGAUCCAUUCGUUCCAGUCAAGAAUCCACUGGCCGAUGCCUUCGCUCGUUUCAACGAAGGACACAGCGGUCAACUGAGGGUCUGA